UACCAGGAUACUGAUAUGCAAGGAGUGGUAUAUGAACUGAACAGCUAUAUAGAGCAGAGGUUGGACAUAGGAGGGAACAACCAUCUGCUUCUAUAUGAAUUGAGUAGUAUUAUUCAAAUGGCUACAAAUGCUGAUGGAUUUGCAUUGUAUUUCCUGGGUGACUGCAAUAACAGUCUCUGCAUGUUCAAACCACCAGGAGAAAAUGAUGGACAACCGUAUCUUGUUCCUGUAGGGCCAAUUGCACUUGGAACUACAAUAUCUGCAUAUGUAGCCAAAUCUAGGAGAACAUUGUUGGUAGAAGAUAUUUUGGGGGAUGAGCGAUUUCCCAGAGGUACUGGAUUGGAAUCAGGAACUCGUAUACAUUCUGUGCUUUGUUUGCCAAUUGUUACUGCAAUUGGUGACUUGAUUGGUAUCCUCGAACUUUAUCGACACUGGGGCAAUGACAUCUUCCAUGUCAGUCAUCAAGAGAUUGCAACAGCCAAUCUUGCAUGGGCCUCAGUAGCAUUACAUCAAGUAGAGGUGUCAAAGGGCCUUGCCAAGCAGACUGAGCUGAAUGACUUCUUGCUUGAUGUAUCAAAAACAUAUUUUGAUAACAUAGUCGCAAUAGAUUCUCUACUUGAACAUAUCAUGAUAUAUGCAAAAAAUCUGGUGAAUGCAGACCGCUGUGCACUAUUCCAGGUAGACCACAAGAACAAGGAACUGUAUUCAGACCUAUUUGAUAUUGGUGAAGAAAAUGAAGGGAAACCUGUCUUCAAGAAGACCAAAGAAAUAAGAUUUUCUAUUGAAAAAGGAAUUGCUGGUCAAGUAGCAAGAACGGGUGAAGUCCUCAACAUUCCUGAUGCCUAUGCAGAUCCACGGUUUAACAGAGAAGUAGACCUCUACACAGGCUACACCACCAGAAACAUUUUAUGUAUGCCAAUUGUGAGCCGAGGAAGUGUGAUAGGUGUUGUACAAAUGGUGAACAAACUAAGUGGAAGUGCCUUCUCUAAAACAGAUGAGAACAACUUUAAAAUGUUCGCAGUCUUUUGUGCUUUAGCCUUACACUGCGCUAACAUGUACCACAGAAUUCACCAUUCAGAGUGUAUUUACCGUGUAACUAUGGAGAAGCUUUCCUAUCAUAGUGUUUGUACAGCAGAAGAAUGGAAAAACCUCAUGGACUGUAUACUUCCAUCAAAUAUUGCCCAAGAAAUUGAACUGUACCACUUUGAUAUCAGUCCCUAUGAAGAUUUCUGGCCAGCCAUUUUUGUCCAUAUGGUCCAUCAAUGUUGUGGGGCAGGCUGUUUUGAACUAGAAAAACUUUGCCGUUUUACUAUGUCCGUAAAGAAGAACUACCGUCGUGUGCCCUAUCACAAUUGGAAACAUGCAGUUACAGUUGCCCAUUGCAUGUAUGCCAUCCUUCAGCAUAAUCAUGAGCUUUUCACAGAUACAGAACGAAGAGGUCUCCUGGUUGCAUGUUUAUGUCAUGACCUAGAUCACAGAGGUUACAGCAACAGCUACCUUCAGAAGUUUGAUCAUCCACUAGCUGCUCUUUAUUCCACCUCAACAAUGGAGCAACACCAUUUUUCACAGACAGUAGCUAUACUGCAGCUGGAAGGCCACAAUAUCUUCAGUAAUUUGAAUUCUACAGAGUAUGAGCAAGUACUGGAAAUCAUUCGCAAAGCCAUCAUUGCUACAGAUCUCGCUUUGUAUUUUGGAAACCGAAAACAGCUAGAAGACCUUUAUCAGACAAGAACCCUGAACCUUAAAAACCAAGCACAUAGGGACCGUGUGAUUGCGUUGAUGAUGACAGCUUGUGACUUGUGUUCUGUUACAAAAUUAUGGCAUGUAACCAGACUAACAUCCAGUGAUAUAUAUGCAGAAUUUUGGACUGAGGGUGAUGAAAUGAAGAAGUUAGGAAUUCAGCCUAUUCCCAUGAUGGACAGAGACAAAAAAGAUGAAGUUCCUCAGGGCCAGAUUGGGUUCUAUAAUGCUGUAGCCAUUCCAUGCUACACCACACUCAUGGAGAUCUUACCUUCCACAGCACCACUGCUUCGGGCAUGCAAGGAAAAUCUCAAACAAUGGGAAAAAGUGAUACAAGGAGAAGAAGCUUUUGGAUGGCUACCGGCUGAGCCAGAUGAAAGAGAGACAUCAGAUUCACUUCCAGUGAAGAUUGAUGACUGAUUCUUACUUAAAAAUUGUUUUAUCACCCUCAUUCCCUUUUUAGGCAU